CCCGCAGCAGCAGCAGCUAACGCCGCCGUUGCCGCCGCUCGCGGAGCUCCGUGCGCCAGUGCCAGUCUGAGCCUCCACCAGCAACAGAGCAACGUUACCAUGAGCUUCACCAUCCCACCCGAAGCCAUCCACCCCGACUCUGUCACUUUCACGAGCCCCAGCAACUCAGCCUGCGAUCCUGACCUGCCCUCUCCAUGCACAGGAUGCCAGGGGGAAAAAGAGGGCUGGUGGCACCUCAGAAUACUUUUUUGGAAAAUAUCGUCAGGCGUUCAAGUGAAACCAGUUUCUUGCUUGGAAAUGCCCAAAUUGUGGACUGGCCUGUAGUAUAUAGUAAUGACGGAUUUUGUAAACUCUCUGGUUAUCACCGAGCUGACGUAAUGCAGAAAAGCAGCACAUGCAGUUUUAUGUACGGCGAACUGACUGACAAGAAGACCAUUGAGAAAGUCAGGCAGACCUUUGAUAAUUAUGAGUCCAACUGCUUUGAAGUCCUUCUUUACAAGAAGAACAGAACUCCUGUCUGGUUUUAUAUGCAGAUUGCACCAAUAAGGAAUGAGAAUGACAAAGUGGUCUUGUUUUUGUGCACUUUCAAAGAUAUCACUGUAUUCAAGCAACCCAUUGAAGAUGAAUCUACGAAAGGAUGGACAAAAUUUGCUCGUUUGACACGGGCCUUGACCAACAGCCGAAGUGUUUUGCAGCAGCUAACGCCAAUGAACAAAGCUGAUGUGAGCCACAAGCACUCAAGGUUGGCAGAGGUUCUACAACUGGGGUCAGAUAUUCUUCCACAAUACAAGCAAGAGGCUCCCAAGACUCCACCUCAUAUAAUUCUGCACUACUGUGCAUUCAAGACGACAUGGGACUGGGUCAUUCUUAUCUUGACUUUCUACACAGCCAUCAUGGUCCCUUACAAUGUGUCUUUCAAAACCAAGCAGAAUAAUAUUGCCUGGUUGGUGCUGGACAGUGUGGUGGAUGUUAUAUUCCUUGUGGACAUUGUGCUGAACUUCCACACUACAUUUGUUGGCCCAGGUGGGGAAGUGAUAUCGGACCCCAAGCUCAUCAGAAUGAACUAUUUAAAAACGUGGUUUGUCAUCGAUUUGCUGUCCUGUUUGCCCUAUGACAUCAUCAAUGCCUUUGAGAAUGUAGAUGAGGGUAUAAGCAGCCUCUUCAGCUCUUUAAAAGUUAUUCGGCUGUUACGACUUGGACGAGUCGCCAGGAAGCUGGAUCACUACCUGGAAUAUGGAGCGGCUGUACUGGUUCUACUGGUUUGUGUGUUUGGAUUGGUAGCUCACUGGCUGGCCUGCAUUUGGUACAGCAUUGGAGACUAUGAGGUGAUAGAUGAACUGACCAACACAAUCAAAACAGACAGCUGGUUAUACCAGCUGGCAAUGAGCAUCGGCUCCCCAUACCGGUACAAUGUCAGCGGCUCAGGGCAGUGGGAAGGUGGACCCAGCAAAGACUCUCUGUACAUAUCUUCUCUCUACUUCACUAUGACAAGCCUUACCACUAUUGGAUUUGGGAACAUUGCACCGACCACAGAUGGGGAAAAAAUAUUCUCAGUGGCUAUGAUGAUGGUGGGAUCUCUCCUGUAUGCAACUAUUUUUGGAAACGUCACCACCAUCUUCCAACAAAUGUACGCCAACACAAAUCGCUACCAUGAGAUGCUCAACAAUGUCCGUGACUUCUUAAAGCUUUACCAAGUGCCAAAGGGCCUCAGUGAGCGAGUCAUGGACUACAUUGUGUCCACCUGGGCCAUGUCGAAAGGCAUCGACACAGAGAAGGUUCUUUCGAUUUGCCCCAAAGACAUGCGAGCUGACAUCUGUGUGCACCUGAACCGCAAAGUCUUCAAUGAACACCCUGCUUUCCGGCUUGCAAGUGACGGCUGCUUGCGGUCGUUGGCCGUUGAGUUCCAGACCAUCCACUGCGCCCCGGGUGAUCUAAUUUAUCACGCAGGGGAGAGUGUGGAUGCCCUCUGCUUUGUGGUCUCCGGCUCUUUGGAAGUCAUCCAGGAUGAUGAGGUCAUAGCUAUUCUGGGAAAAGGAGAUGUAUUUGGCGAUGUUUUCUGGAAGGAAACAACUUUGGCUCAUGCCUGUGCCAACGUGAGAGCGCUGACUUAUUGUGAUCUGCACGUCAUCAAACGGGAGGCGCUGCUGAAAGUCUUGGAGUUCUAUACUGCCUUUGCCAACUCCUUCUCCCGUAACCUUAUCCUCACCUGUAACCUGAGAAAGCGGAUAAUAUUCAGGAAGAUAAGUGACGUUAAAAAAGAAGAGGAAGAACGGCAGAGGCAGAAAAAUGAGGUGACCCUCAGUAUUCCAGUGGACCACCCAGUCAGGAAGCUUUUCCAGAAAUUCAAGCAGCAGAAAGAAAUGCGGAAUCAAGGUCCUGCUCACCAUGACUUUGAAAAAAAUCAGCUUCAGGUGGAGAACCAUGCAAUGCAAAACGGAGCAUCAACCACUGGCUCUAGUGUGGUGACAGUUUCCCAGAUCACACCCAUCCAGAACUCUCUAGUCUACGUAAAAACAAGUGAGACACCCAAACAGAAUAACCGGGAUAUCAUGGAGCUAAAGCCAAACUGUGGCAGUGAGCAAAAAUGCUUGCGAGUCAACAGCCCCAUGAGAAUAAAGCCGGCAAAUAAUAGAGGAUGGAUGCGACUAAAAAACAAUAUGGGCAUGCAAGACCCAUAUCCAGCACCAAAAGAGGAAAAGAGGGAAGACUGGAACAAUGUAACCAAAGCAGAAUCCAUGGAACUGCUGUCAGAUGAGCCGAAGAGCCAGGAGUCCAAUGGUGGAUCCAAAAAGAAUCCUCUGAGAAAAACAGACUCGUGUGACAGUGGAAUUACAAAAAGUGACCUACGGAUUGACAAAGCAGGGGAGGUGCGCAGCCCGUUGGAGCACAGCCCUGUUCAGAUUGAAGUCCGACACCCUUUCUACCCCAUCCCCGAGCAGGCCUUGCAGACUACCUUACAGGAAGUCAAGUUAGAACUGAAAGAAGACAUUCAGUCGCUUAGCAACAGAAUGGCCACCCUGGAGACGCAGGUGGCCGAAAUUUUAAAAUUACUCUGCGACAAAAGAGCGCAGCCCCAGACUACAACGCCAAAAGCCAAAAUAAAAUGUCAGGAUAUUUUCACCGUCUCAAGACCUGUGAGUCCCGACUCUGAAAAGGAUGAUGUACCAUUUUGAAUUGAAAAUGUAUUUAUCUAUUCAUUUAUAUUCUGUACCUAUUGUCAUGGACUUCUGUACAUAUUUUUGUUGCAUGUCCAGCUGGAUUCUGGUCUUGCCAAAGAAAAUUAUUGAAAAUAGUUUGCUUGUACAUUAUGCAGUUGACUGCAUGCAAAUGAAAAUGAUUUAUAGCUCUAUACUGUAUUAUGGAUUUAGAUUUAAAGAGAAACUGAAAAAAAAGUUUAUUAAAUGACAUGUAUUUUGAAGCAUUCAGGGUCGGAUUUGAGGUUGAUUUCAUGAGCCUCGCCUCCUGAAUCCCUUGUGCUGAGCGCAAAUCAUUUAUUUAUUUUUUUGAGAAAUACAGAACUGC